UUUAUUUUUGCGAAGACAAUAAUAUAGGUAAUAUGAAUAUUCAUUACCUACAUUUACACCAAUGGGGAUAUUUAUCUCAAUAUCAAUCAAAAUACGGUAGCUAAAUGUACGUGCAUAAAACGUCUUCUCCUGUAGCUUUACCACAUGUCUGUACAAAGACGAAGAUUCUCGGUCAUAAGAAACUAAGGGACAUUUUUUAAAUUUGUUCUUUUGAUAAGAAUGGCGACGGAGAACAAGGAUUUAUAUGUACGAUGGAUCUCCGCUAUGACAUUCUUUAUUGUGAUCGGCUGUCUUGUUCCAGUUCGAUGUGGUAGUUACUGUUAUUAUUCUUCUGGUUACUACUAUUGCUUUUACUACGCCGAUACCCAUCAUUAUUAUGAUCAUGUUGAAUUCAUAGGAAAAAUAGUUGGUGGUGUAGUCGGCGGGGUUGCUGGACUUGCUAUCUUCAUGUGCUCAAUGACAAUAAUGAUAGUUAAAGUCUGCAAGAAAACAAACCACGAACGAACGAUUGUCCACCCAGCUCAACCGCCUGUCUUUCACAUCAACACAGCACAAAACACAUCUAGUGAAUCUGAAGGACAACGUUUGGCCGCUGGUCAACAUUACCCAAAUUCAACCCGACUAAAUCACACACCUUCAAUCCAGGUACAACCAGUGCUUCAUGGUCAAGAAGAGUUGCAUCAUUUCUACCAAGGACAGCCCUCACCUGCCCAACAAGGACAGAUUACAUCUCCCACUCAAGAGGAGAUUUCUCCUCAAAAUCAAGGACAAGCCAUAUUUACAAACCAUGGACAGACCACAUCUCCCAGUCACGGAGAGAUCUCACUUCAAACCCCAGGACAAUUAAUACUUUCCAACUAAGAACUGACCUCACACCACAGUUAAUGGCAACCAACACUCCCCAAGGGACACAUCUAAAUGUAAUCUGAAAAAUCAAGGAAAAAAUCUCCGGAGUAAUACAUAUCUAAAAUGAUGUUAAAAGAUGGCCAUUAGCUCAACUCCAUCUUUCAGACAAGAGAAGUUCCCACUCGCAUAUUCUUGGGUCUUUCCGGCAAGCGGAAAACAACUUCGAAUAAAUUAUGUUAGUUUCCAUUUUUAUAUCAAAUCAAACUACCACUAUGGAAAUAUUUACGGUCCUUUUUUUUUACAAUAAAUGUAUGCUAGAAACGAUGAGAUAUCCCCAUUUUCAGUUUAAGAAAAUCUUAUUACAAUGUGACUGGAAGUAUCCAUUUUGCACAAACGUUCUAUAUAAUAUGCUUGCGGUGAACGUGAUACAGUCACAACACCUUCCCUGAGCUUGCUGAGAAGACCCGAGUAGUUGUCAUUCGACUAGUUUCUAGAUAUUGAAUUGAAAAGAUGUGAGGUGCAUUCUAGAUUCCCGAAUUAAUUGCAUGCAAUUUUAAACAAACCUUUUAAAACGUUUCUAUAAGAGGAGGGGCGAAAGAAUUAAAAUAGAACCAGGAACCAUUGUAGAGUAGGGUGUAUAGUUCCAAUAUUUCCAAUAUUUCGAUAUUUCAAACAACAAUGAUUUAUAAUGAAAACGAUCAGUUUAUUUACCAUUUUGCAGGUUUCGAGAGCGUGUUUCGAUUGUAUACACAUACAGUUUCAGAAUUGGAUGUAUUUUACUUCUCCUAUACCACCACUGUGUAAACACGAUGUUGAAUCUUAUUGUGUUUAUGUCGAUGAAUUUGCUUUUGAUUAGGUAUAAUAUGCAUUAUUUCAAUUCUACAUUUUUCCAUUUGAAACAAAUUCCAGACAAACACUCAAAUGCUGGAAUUUCCUUUCUGCUAAUCUGUCGCAUCUUGUCUAAAUUCAUUGAAUUUGAUGUUUUAUGUACAUGAGACUAGUUCAUCGUUUUAAAAACGUGAUAUAAAUGUAUUACACUGAUGAACUACAACUCGGGGUAAAUCCUUGAAAAUCCCUGAUCGGGUAUGAGUACUGCAUUUAUUCAAUAUAUAACCAUAUGAAUUAAUUAUCUAGGUCCCAUGUGUGAUCAACAAUUACUAAUUAAACUACUGUUUUGAGUAGCUUGUAUUAAUAAAUUACGCAGUUUUCAGAAUGAAAAUGAAUUCUUGGAAUUAUAAUUUCAGAUCAUUCAUGACAUGAUUGUGUAAUUAAACGUUGUCUAUAUCGAG